AUGGUCAUGCUCAUGGGCAUGCAAGAGGAAAUGGACCGACAGGUGGAGCAUAUUCUCAACUUCAAGGGCUCAAUCAAAGGGAGAAGAGUGGUCAAUCGGGAUAGGGUGUCCGAAGCACGGCUAUUGCAGAAGGACUACAUUGCUCCGAACCCAAAUUUCCCAGAUGAUACAUGGUUUCGUCGCCGUUUCCACAUGCGGAAACCAUUGUUCUUGUGCAUUGUGGCGGGAGUGGAGGCACACGAUGACUACGUUAAGUUCAAAAGGGAUUGUUGCGGCCAACUUUCUUUCUCUGCUAAGCAGAAGUGCACUGCUGCUAUGAGGAUGCUUGCACUUGGUACUGCCGCAGAUGUCGUUGGUGAAAUGGUCAGGAUGGGUGAGAGCACAUGCCUGAAGACUAAUGUCAAAAUUGCCUGCGCCAUGGUGCAGGCGUUAGGAGCAGAGUAUCUCAGAGAACCAAAUGCGCAGGACACAGAAAGGUUGUUGGCUAUUGGAGAGACUAGAGGGUUUUCAGGAAUGCUCGGAUCAAUCGAUUGCAUGCAUUGGCAAUGGAAGAAAUACCCCAAAGGUUUGCGGGAAAUGUAUCAAGGUCACACCAAAGAGGCCACCAUCAUACUAGAAGUGGUGGCAUCACAUGACUUAUGGAUCUAA